GCCUCUCUCCUCCCCCGCCCGCGUGGUCGCCGCCGCCGCAGCCGCCCGAGAGGAGCUGGGGGAGGACGGUGGCCCGCGAGGCUCGUCGCAGACAACGCGGCGGCGAUGUCCGCGAGCCAGGCGAGUGCCGCGGCGGCAGCGGCGGGGCCUCGCACGCGGCAGGGCGGCCUGGGCUUCGGCCUCCCUCCGGUUCCCAGGAAGCGAACUGGCGGCCAGCGCGGGAGCAGCAGCAGUAGCAGAGGCGGAGGCUCCGGCGCGUCUGUUGCCUCCCCUUCAGCCUGAGCCGGGGGAGGCCAGGCGGCCCGGGUGGCUGGAGGGGGGUCCGCUGCCCAAGAAUGGGAAUUCUCUUCACCAGGAUAUGGAGACUCUUCAAUCACCAGGAGCACAAAGUUAUCAUUGUUGGGCUGGAUAAUGCAGGGAAAACUACCAUCCUUUACCAAUUUUCUAUGAAUGAAGUUGUACAUACAUCACCCACAAUAGGAAGUAACGUAGAAGAAAUAGUGAUUAAUAAUACACGUUUUCUAAUGUGGGAUAUUGGUGGCCAAGAAUCUCUUCGGUCUUCUUGGAACACUUACUAUACUAACACAGAGGACCUACGGAAAGCUGGAUUGCUGAUUUUUGCUAAUAAACAAGAUGUUAAAGAAUGCAUGACUGUAGCAGAAAUCUCCCAGUUUUUGAAACUAACUUCUAUUAAAGAUCACCAGUGGCAUAUCCAGGCAUGCUGUGCUCUUACUGGCGAGGGAUUAUGCCAAGGACUUGAAUGGAUGAUGUCACGACUUAAGAUUAGAUGAUCUCUACUGACCUCUCCUCAUAGACUUUGUAUAAACGAAGUGCUGGACUUUACCUGAAAGCUGCAAAAAUUAAUGGUUUAGAUAUAUUUAUAAUAAACUGAUUUAAACUUUUUCUAUCAGAAGAAAAAUUAAGACCACUUAUUUGAAAACAAAGAUGAAGUCUCACUUUCCAAUCUGCUUUUUCAUUAGUUCCUUCCAAAGCAAGGUCUUUAAAGCUGUGAUUGCCAUUUUUCUCAUAAUGAAUCCUCUCAGGACAUUGUGUAGCCUGUGGUAAGUACAAAGGGAGAAGAAGACAUUUUUCAUUUUAAGAGCUUUAUUAUCAGUAUAACCCUCCCUAGUUGAAUGUGUAUUCUCUUCGUGUUCCAUUAAGUCAAAAUACAAAUCACAGAUACUCAGUUUGCAGUACUUUAAAAUGUAAUGUUAAUUAUGAGAAGUAUUUUGCAUAAGGUUGUGUGUAUUGUGUAUAUACCUCAAAUUCAAGUUUAUGGCUUUGAUUAUGUUCUAAAGAAAAGCAAAGAACGCAAAAAGUAAUAAUAUCCUUAGUUAAUGACCAUAAUGAGAUGAGUACUGGCAUUGCUGUUAAGUGCCAUUUUGUGCUUUCCCCCUGUGUUCUCUGUAUUGUACUAACCAACCCCCAAAAUCAUUGGGCUGCUCUUAAAAAAAAGAAAAGAAAGAAAAGUAGAAAGCUCAACAGUGUGUACCAAUUUUUUGUUGAUCAAAUUAUAUACACGAAAGCAUGUAAUCCAGCUGAGUGGAGUAUCUGCAAAUUUUUGGCUUAAUAUUAUGAAUGGACAGAAUUACACAUUGAGCAAUUAUCAGAUUGGUUCCUUUAUUGGAUCUAUGGCAUCUAAAUUACUGAGAAAAUUGUUAAUCCAUUAAUCAGUCAAUCAUUAAUUGUGAUUAAAAUUAUCAAGUGAUUUUUUUUUUCCCAACGUUAAUGGGAAGCUGUUGUGUAAAAUGUCUGCCCAGAGAAGUAUCACUCUAUAAAUAUUAAUCAAAUAGUUUACCUAUAGUCUUCUUAAGUAUUGAAUUAUAUGUCAAGCAUUUAAAGUGAGUUUGAGAUGAAAAGUAAAGCUUAUUUUCUAAGCAACAAAUUAUUUCUUAAUUUGAAAAUUUCUCAUUUUAGGAAUUAGGAUAGUUUGAGAUUUUUGUUUCUACGUGUUUCCUUUUAUCUUCCUAACACCACAUGAAUGCAUUGACAAUUAUAAAAUACAAACUUUUAUGCUUUUAAGAAUUUGGUUUAAAAGUUGAACAACAUGAUACACAUUUUUACAGAGAAGUAACUUGGCCCCAAAUAUGUUUGCUUAGGAUAUUUUUUGGUUUUUUUUUCACUGAAAAUGGAAAAAUACAAUGGUUGAAGGUAUUUCUGUUGUAAUUUCUGUUGUAUCCUAAAUGUGUUAAAACGUAUUUUUGGGUGCUCUCUUUGUGUAUGUUUCAUGCCCUGAAAAUCUGAAGGCUGAUCCAAACUGGCAUGUUGUAGAAUAUUGAAGAAAAGAAGUAACUACAUUUAAUACCAGCCUUUUAGAUUUCAUGCAGAUUUUGAUGAGGAAUCAUAGUAUAUAUACCACAAACAUUGACAAAACUUGGAAAGUUUCUUUCUGUAAUAUAUAAUAUACUCAAUAUCUAAAUCCAAGUCAGGCAUGGGAGAUCAGUGUUUAACAGUGGAUGUGUUGUGUGUUAUAUUACAAUGUUCAUAAUGCAGGUAUAACAUUUUAAUAUUUGUCAACUUGCUUUUACAAAAGUAAAUUCUAAAUUACUAAGCUUUAUUCAUAUGUUCUUACACUUUUUCAAAUCACUAUUAGUAAUUACUUGUUUUAUAUUAAAAACUCCCAUAAAAACCUAAAUCUGUUUUGCAGAUGUUGCAUUUUCAUCAGAGAUAAAUAUUCUGUAAAGUAGUCCAGCAAAUUCACAUCUACCCUUUUUAUCUUUUCAUUUGAAUAAUCACAGCUUAGUCCCGUGGGUUGCUGCUGCCUCGGUUCAGCACUAUGUCAGCAAGCGCCCUUCUCAGCAGGGUGCUGGCUAGACUUUAUUCUUAGUUGAAUGUUUAAAGUGUGCACUACAUUGUUAACAGUUGGUUUAGUGUGGGGGUGACUGACAUGGCAUCACGAGAAUGCAUGAAAUCUUAUACCACAUUUAUAAAACGUGAUUUUUUUGUUACAUUCUCCCUUUCUAGGUUAAACAUUAGAAAUAAGGUAGUCCUUAUAUACUUGUACAUAAAACCAAAAUUACAAUGAGAAAAAAUUUUAAUUCAUGUAUGACUAUACAUCAAGAUAAUUUUAACAGUAUUAUUUCCAAAUACGAUGGAGAGCCUCAUGAGUAGUCAUAUUGGCAAUUUAUAUGUAGUUUCAGUAGAAUUAAGCAAAGGGCAGUGUUUUUGGUUUUUAAUAUGCUAUUUUGGGUGCAAACAGUCGUCUUAUUUAGAGUCAUUGUGCUCACCUCUGAAAAGAACAAAGCUUCGUACCUCUAUACCUGUGGCUGGAUUUGAAUAUCCUUGUUUGUUACUAACUUUGAAACUCAUAUAAUUAUUCUUGAUAAUCUUGGUAAAAGUAACCAUAUGCUAUAAGCAUUUAAAUAUGUUUAAUUUUGUGAUAAUAGCAUUUACAAAGUAUAUCUUACACAUUAUAUUGAGGAGUCUAGUUUGAAAAUUUUCUGUUCUCUCUUCUUUGGCUCUUAAAAUGGGCAAAGAAUACAGUGAAGGCAGGUGGUUUGGGCGACAGUGGGAAGUGGGUAUGACAUUUUGCCUUAAGAAUAAAAAAAGCGCUUUAGCACUGCUGACUGGCAUUUUUAAUGCAGAUAGUUAAAGUGAUUUUAGAAGUGUGGUGUGAAAUAGAAGAGUUUCUGUUCUCUGGCCUUUAUGAAGUGCCUAAUAGAUAAUUAACAGAAAAGUACAGGGAGCUUGAGGAAAGGCAGGAAGUCCCUGAGAUAUUCUUUUCUUUUUUGUCUGAGUGUAUAAAAUUAAGAUGCCUAGAAAUUGGAUUCUGUUGUCCUCUGUCUUGUAGGUAGUUACAUUUCUUGGCUCUGACCACAGCAACCACAUACAGUACAGACAACCUCAAAAUCUGUAUUAGUGUAAAUAGAAAAACUGUAAACAACUUUCUAGUUUUCUCUGCAGGCAUUUUUGGGAAUGUAUCUGUAGUGUGUUCUACUUUGUAUCUAGAGGAUAGCAGUACAUCCCAGAUUUUUCUGUCGACUUUGGGGUGGUCAUCUCUCAAUUACCCAGUUGUAUCCUGGCAUCAGUCCCUCUUUCAGAGCUGGGUAGAGACAAGGUCUCUUUGCAUGACUUAUCUUUGACCCUUCCCAACUGUCCAGAUAUCUUGAACUUCUUGCUGCAGAUCAGCUUUGCCAUUGCUCAGCCAUCCCUUGCUCCCGUGUAUCUUCAUUCACCAUCAGUGAAGGUACGUUACUCAGUCCUGGAGGUAUUCUAAACUUUGCCUAAUAGCCGUCAUUCCCCAAACCACCAGUUUCUAAGUAGGUUCUCUAGUUCUUUGCUGUCUCCCCACCACUGGCUUGAUUUCUCAAUUUGUACUUUGCUCAUUAAAGAUUAUUGUCAGGAUUGUUGAGUACAUCAGAAAACUGGCUUGCUGUGCAUACAGUAUAUAAAUGCCAGUAGUAAAAUCCUUAAUACUAUAUUUAACUUUUAAUGCUUCUCAAUUUUAGCUUCCUAUGCUGAAAAGUAGAUUCAGAAAGAUAAGAGAACUACCUAGACUUUGCCAGCUCCUUAAGCUGCUAGUUAGGAAUGAAAGGGGUGAAGUUAUGUUUAUGUUAUCUUCCCAUUACCAACAAUGGAUUAUGUUUCGGAGGAUACCUGUGCAAACAACAUGAGUUAGAAAAAGAUGCCAAACCAAAUUUAUAUGUAGUGUUUUACCCCAAAGACAUCCUUAAAGCCUAUAGCCCACCUUCUAUUUUUUUCCUCAUGGUUACUUAACACAAAUAAACAUUACAUGUCUAAAGGAAUUAGUAAUGAGAAGCCUAUCUUUACAAAAUAAACCUGUUGAAAGACCUCAAAAUCAUCAACCAUCAUGUGUUGAUUGUGUAUAGCUGUAGAUACAAUAUAGACAUUACUAAUUUAAAGUUGCCUCUAUACAGAAAUAGAACUUCACUCUCAUGCUCCCUCAAAGAAUGUGAGAUAGUUUUAAGACCAUAUUGGUGAAAUAAAGGAAAAAAAAAUUAAACUUUGGAUGCUAAAAAAAAAUGACUAUUUCUAUUAAACCCUGAAGUGUGUAGAAUUGUGAGGAAAUUGUAACAGGAUACAGUCGGGUUAAUUAUGCAAUUUUUAAAAUCUAUUGUCUAGUAGUUACGUAUUGUUCUAAAAACUAACUUUAUGGUCUUUCCUGCUGGAUCUGCUGUUCUUUGAAAGAAGAUUCCCAUAGUCUACACUCAAGAAGUGCCUAAAAUUGAUUUUUGUGGGAUUUUAAGUCCAUCUAAUAAAUUAUAUGUGUUUUCUGUUGUAUUAUAUGUGCUUGGUAUACUGAUGACAAAGCACUGAGGAUUUCUAAGUCACAGUUUGUGCUUUAUUUGAGUAAAAAACAACAAACCUAGAUAACAAACCAUAUUUUAAGAAACAUGAGCAAAACCAUUUUUUCUCUUUCCCAAUAAAAAUGUUCUGUUGCCCUUCUGCUAAUGUAGAGGCUGGAAAACUGAACCCUAUUUCUUUUUUUUUUUUAAAUAGUUUUCACUCGCAGAAAAUUACAUUGUGUGUUUUAAAACCUUAGUGAAAGUUCAUUGCUUAUUUAAGAGUAGUCUCUUAACUCUCCUCAUACUUAGUGGUUAGUAAAUUUGAUCAUAUUGUUUAGAUCUUGAUCAUUUCGUGUGUGUGCAUGCCCAAAUCCUUCCUCUUUGUUUAGAUUCUACUUAUAAACGAAAAUAUUUGAUAGACUCCUAUUAUGUUUCUCAUAUUUCCCUUCUUCCCUCUCUCCCUCCCUUCUUUUUUUUCCGGUCAUAGAGUGUGACUCUAAAUUCUGGGGGCAGAGACUUGACUAUAUUUUCAGUGAUUUAUAAUUAUAUUGUGUUUAUAUUUCAAAUCAUCUUGCAUGGAAAGUGAAAUGUGUACAUGAUUUUAAAUAAUUUGUAUACUGUUCUCCAAAAUUUCUUACAUUGGUGGUAUACAGAAUUACUCUAAUUAUUUUUGCUUAAACUAGUCAUUUAGAUUGGAGUAGCCUUUACUUAUAUUAUGGCCCUCUAUGGUUUUUUUGAGAGGAGGUGAUACCUGCAGAGCACUUUUAAAAAUUUUUUCUGGGUUAAUGUUCAAGAUAACAUUGAGGAGGAAGCUAUAAUUAUGUCUAAGCAGGGCUCUUUUGGUUGCUAGAGAUGAGAAAAAUGUAUACUAAUUUUAAUUUGUGCUUAAAAUACAUUUUACUAACAGUAUUGAUUUUAAAUAUGACAAAUUCUUGUAGAUCGUCUUCCUUCCUUAUUGUAUUUUCCUAGAGAAGCCUACAUGAAAAUGUGUUCCAAGUCGUCUAUUUGUGUAACUACCCCUCCCAAAUUAACUUCUAUGUGUAUUGACAUCAUUGAAGCCACAUUUAAAACAAAAAGGAAUUAGAAAAACUUUCGGAAGUUCUUAGGUUGGUUGUAUUGGAAUUUUUAAUAUGAUAAAAGGUUUUAAGUCAAGCUUUGUAUGCACGAAGAGGCAGAAAAAUCUGUCUUCUCUCUAUCUUUUUUAGAACUAAUGUUUCUUGUAUCCUAAGAAAAUUUUACACUCAAGGAAUAUUCCUAAAAGUAAGGAUCUUGGAGCACUUGGGUGCUUUUAUAGUUCAUCGCUGCUUAUGUGUUAGAUACCUAGGGAAAUAAUGUUUCAGGUCUUUCUUGACAGGAGAGCUUCAUGGAUGGCUGGAGGGUAUUUCUGGUUUUGCUGAGGUUCGGAGAGAAUGGCAGAUUGGAAGAGGGACCUCUCCAUUGGUAAAGCAGUCUUAUUAGCUGCUUUGCAGAUGAUGUGUUACUUCGUUAUACUUAAAACAGUGUUCUUAUGUCCAUAACUCACUAAACUGUCAAGCUCCAGAAAUGGAAGGCAUUGGUCAGGUGACCAGUGGUAGGACCUUGUUUAUUAUGAAAUUAAGGACUCCUGUCAAGAUAUGUUUGGGGGUGGGGGAUGAAAAAUAAGGUUUUACUGGUGAAUUUCCAUGUUUAAUAUGUAUAUUAACUUUUUUUUAAAGUUGCAUGUUAACCUGGGAUAAAGUGUUGUCUCUGCUUUAUGCUUUGAGUAAAAAGGAAAAAAAAAAAGAUGGGUUAAAUUGUUACUAUUAUGUACUAUUACAUACACCUUUCCUUUUAGAAGGGGUUAAUUAUAAUUAUUAUUCACACA